AUGCCACCAAAGAAGAAGGUUGUCGAAGAGGAGCCCCCAAAGGUCUUGGGCCGAAUGGGAACUAACCUUCGAAUUGGUAUUGUCGGACUUCCAAACGUCGGAAAGUCAACCUUCUUCAAUGUUUUGACAAAAUCCUCCAUCCCAGCCGAGAACUUCCCCUUCUGUACCAUCGAUCCCAACGAGGCAAGAGUCACUGUUCCAGAUUACAGAUUCGAUAUGUUGUGCCAAGAUCACACGCCAAAGUCUCAAAUUCCUGCUUAUUUGAACGUCGUUGAUAUUGCCGGACUCGUAAAGGGCGCUAACGAAGGUCAAGGUCUCGGAAACGCUUUCCUCUCGCACAUCUCCGGCUGCGAUGCUAUCUUCCACAUGCUUCGUCUUUUCAAGGACGAAGACAUCACCCACGUCGAGGGCGAGGUCGACCCCGUCAGGGAUAUCCAGAUCAUCAACGACGAGUUGAGACUGAAGGAUAUCGCGCUCAUUGAAAAACCUCUCCACGACAUCGAAAAGCUUUACGUCCGCGGAAACGACAAAAAAACUCAAGGAAGAAUACGAGGUCCUGAAAAAGAAAUCGUCAUUCUCAACAAGUACCUUUUCCUCACUGCGAAGCCAAUGAUCUAUUUGAUGAACAUGAGCAAAAAAGAGUACCUCAAGAGAAAGAGCAAGUUCUUGAUGCCUCUCAAGCAAAAGAUCGACGCUGUCGAUCCCGGAGCAACCUGCAUUUUGUACUCUGCUCAAUAUGAAUUGGAAUUUAUGGAUGCCGACGCGGCCACCCAGGAGACUAUGGCUAAGGAAGCUCCCUCUCAACUCGAGAAAAUCAUUACCAACGGUUUCAAGGGCCUCGGACUCGAGUAUUUCUUCACUGCCGGAGAAGACGAAGUCAGAGCAUGGAUUAUUAAGAAGAACACAAAGGCGCCCCAGGCGGCUGGACGCAUUCACACUGACUUCGAGAAAGGUUUUAUUAUGGCUGAAGUGAUGGACUGGGAAGCUUGGGAGCAAGAGAGAUCCGAAGCUAAGGUCAAGGCUAUCGGAAGAUAUCGACAGCAGGGCAAGACCUACAUUGUCAAGAACGGUGACAUCAUCUUCUUUAAAUUCAAUACUCCCAACGCCCCGAAGAAGAAGUAG